AAGGGAGGGUGGGGAAAACAAAAGCAUCAUACGUAAAGCACUGAGUCCAGCCUGGCUCUUAGUAAGCAUUUUAAUCACCUUCAAAAAUUAAAUGUGACUUACGGAAACAGGUCACUGAAUAUUAUUUCAUUUCACCUAUUCAUUUAUGGCCUGUUUUGCUCUAUAUAAAAUUCUGAGGUGGCUCCAUAAUACAGCAUCUUUAAAAAAAAAGCUUUCAACUUGCCUUUCACUCGUAAAUAUUUAGAAUGCAAAAAAAGUCCCUACAAUGUAAUAUUUAACGAGUGAUGCUUUUCAAUAUGCCAUACAAAUCUCAAUACUAUAAUUCAGGAGAAGUACUCCUCCUCCUUCUAAAUCACCUUACUGUGGCAAUCCAUUGAAAACGUUAUUUCUCUCCAUACUUGAAAUAACCUCUUAAAAGUGUGUUGUCUUGCAUAUUAAGUACCAGAGAUCACACUUCAGGAACAAAGUGACAUUCUGUGUAAUACGGAAACAAAGCCUUUCCUCCUAGGAAAGGAAGCCCCAGAAAAGACAAAUAAUGGGAGCUUAUUUUAAAACCAAAGCAAAAUGUUGCCUUUUAUCCUAAAUCUCUGGAUCAAGUUUUACCUUUAGGUUGUUCUUCCUCAAUGUAAGGUCAAAAGGUACAAGUUAAAUUUUUCUUAAACGAAGAAUACUAUAUCCCUUAAAACAAUCUAUUCAUUAAUAAGUGUAACCGCUAGCUUCUCCCAGCCAGCAAACAAGCUUCUGUGAGAGUUCAAAAGUUUCAGAGGCAUGGUAUUCCUGCUCCCAGAUGUUACGAGUAAGCAUUUCAAACAAAAAUACACACAUAAAACCGCUUAAAGUAAUGAAUUCAUAUUCUUUAAAGGGGAGAUUUUUACUCCUCACAUUUCUGUAUUCCUGUUUGAAAUAACAAGUACUACUUUAUGGUGAAAAAAUUAAUACACAAAAUGGGAGGAUUCUAGCUGUUUUUCAGGAACUUCGGCUUUUUAAUGUAAUACACAAAUUAGUUUCAAAGCAAUGGGAAAACUGAAUAAUAUUUCAGAGCACACGGGAAAAGUAACAGGAAAAAUGUUUUUUGGCUGAACUCACCGGUCUUUACUAAUUUUUAAGAGCUCAUCUUAUUGUCCAUUCGUAGGAAUACUUUGCAUUACUUCUGAAAGUUUAUUCAAGUUAAAUUACUAAAUGUUAAAGAGGUUAUUUUCAAAGUUACCUUAAAUAAGUAAUACAGCAUGAAAGAAAACCCGACCUACUACGCCUCACAGGCUAAGAGGAGUGUUUUGCAGUCUCAAAGCCUUAUCGCUGGCGUGCGCAUACCGCAGGGAGUGACAUCAGAUCGAAACUACAGGGUUUCGCCGGGGACCAACCACUCCUCCAAAGACAGCAGCUCCUGGCCAGCUGGAAGUGGCACCCCAAGCCCCGACUCGCCGAGGGCCGGCUGGCGGCCGCCGAACCCUCACUGGAGCCGAGUUUCUCCGCGAAGGACCUGUUGCGCGUCCCCGCCCUCGGCGAGCCGCAGCCAAGCACAGGCGCCGGCAGCUAUGCACCUGCCCUGGACGACGGCCAGGCGCCCGCAGCCCCCUCCCCGGCCGCCCCCAGCGUGGCCCGCGCCGCCCCCGCCCGAGGGGCUCCCCGCGGCCCGCGGCCCCGCGCCAGCCCUACCCACCCCGCCGCCCAGGGACCCAGAUUUAUUUCUGAUCAUCUCUGCAACUGAACAGGAAACUAAAAAACCACAACACUUAAAAGACUACUUCCUGUGGGAUUUUUGGUGUCUGCGGCUCAGAAUGAAAAAAGCGUUAUGUGUGCAAAAUCUUUACACAUUUUAGAUAGAACUACUUAAUAAAACAGCCUUGACCAAA